AUGGAAGAAUUUGAGAUCUGUCUCCCCAACGGAGGUAUGAUCUCCGGUCGGUUCAAUUUUCCGACCACACCUCAAAAUGCAGGCCAUUUGCCGCUUAUCGUCUGCAUUCCCGGCGGAAGCUAUGAUGCUGAAUAUUUCGAUGUCGACGAGAAUUAUUCAAUUGCCAACACGUCAGCUCGGGUAGGAAUACCCACCGUUUCCCUUACCAGGCCCGGCUAUGGCAGAAGCACUCCUGUGCCAAUGGAUUCCGACGAUGAAGACGCAACCUAUGGCCAAGUUCAGGGAAAGUUCCUGAACUCCACAGUGCUACCGCGCCUAUGGCAACAAUUCAGAGAACGUUCGGGAGCAACGACAAUUGUGCUCUUGUCACAUUCUAUUGGAGCAAUGGUCGCCACUAUCUCGGCUGGAUGCUACAAAGGAACCGAAGGCUAUCCAUUGGCAGGACUCAUUACCUCUGGAAUAGGCACCGAAUUGGCCGAUGGACCCCGAAAAGCUAUGCUUCAUUUAUUAGCUGAAACUGCAGGCUCUGUUCAGUUUGAUGCGAGCCCAAAAGACGCUAUAAUGCUGCAAAUCCCCAUGCAUAACCUCACCGAUUAUGAAAUGCGUCGCCAUACAAGCCGCCUUAAUCGACCUGUGCCCCCUGGGGAACUACAUGAUAUCAACAUGACUUGGCUAAGCUAUUGGCACAAGUACGCGGGCCAUGUCAGUGUUCCUGUAAUGCAUGCGUUGGCCGAGUUUGAUGGGCUUUGGAUCAAUUCUCCUAAAGUACUGGAGAGUUACAAGGAUGCAUUCCCAGCUAGUCCGAAGGUGACUAGUGAGAUGAUCCCGAUGGCUCCGCAUUGCAUCGAGUUGAGCCUCCAGAGCAAAUCUUGGUAUAUGAAGUGCUGCUCUUUUGCCUUGGAGUGCGCUAAUUAG